GAAGAAGGCUGCAGAAAGUUGUAAACAGUUAUGAAUCCUUUGAAAGCUAUUUGUAUUGUGGCCUUUUUGGCUGCCGCUGUUUGUGCAGCACCCAAUCAUCACCACCAAUACUCGUCCUCCAGCAACAAAUUGAAGCCAGCCCAAUGGUUGUCCAUGUCGCAAUUGGAGAAGACCCCCUCCCUUUCCGAGGUCACCGUGGAGCGUUUGGAAAAUAUGCCCUUGGAAGAGGGUGCCCAGGCUUUGCAGACAAUCUACCAUGUUGCCCAAAUCAACAAUGAAUUGACCGCAGACUAUGUGCCCAACCCCAGCAGUGUGCCCGCAUACAUUGUCAAGUCGAAUGGCCAAAAGGUUCCCACCACUUUGGACAAAUUGGCUGCCACCGCUAACCAACAAUCUAACUUUGGUAAUGGCGAGGUCACCAUCUUCAUCACCGGCUUGCCCGAAACCACCAAGACCGUGGAGGAGCCCAACAAUGAAUUGGUUAACGCCUAUGUUGAACGUUACAGUGGUCAAAGACAAAAGAACACCUAUGCCAAAUUUGCCCGUAACAGCAACAAACGUCACUUCGAUUAUGAAGAAAAUGAUAAUGAAGAUGAGUGGGAAUCUGGCAAACAAAGCUCCGGCAAUCUUGUGGUCAUCGCCUUGGGCGAAAAAUUGCACGACUUGAAACACCAAGCCACUUUGGACAUCGAGGAAACCGGUGCCAUGAUCGGUCGCGAAAUUGUCAAAAUGAAUACCCCCCACGAUAAUGUCCAUGUUAUCGGCCAAAAUGUUGCCGCCCAUGUUGCUGGUGCCGCUGGCCAAGAAUACAAACGCAAGACUGGCCACAAAUUGUACCGCAUCACUGCCUUGGACCCCUCCAAAGUGUAUGCCGAUGAUGCCGAAACUUUGAGCGGCCUUAGCCGUGGUGACGCCAAAUUCGUCGAUGCCAUCCACACCUCUGCCUUGGGCAUGGGCACCACCACCCGUGUUGGCAAUGUUGACAUCUUCCCCAAUGGCCCCAGCGCUGGUGUUCCCGGUACCAACAAUGUUGUUGAAGCCUCCAUGCUCGCCACCGAAUUGUUUGCCGAAUCUGUUCGUCCCGGUAAUGAACGCAACUUCCCCGCCGUCGAAGCCAGCUCCCUCGAGAACUACAUGAUCAACAAUGGCUAUGGCAAGCGUGCUUACAUGGGCAUCGAUCUUGCUACCGAUUUGGAAGGUGACUUCAUCUUGGAAGUCAAUGCCCAACGUCCCUAUGGCAAGAGGAGCUCCCCCAAGAUGUUCAACCAAGUUUCCCACAAAAAGUCCUGGGAAAAUGCCAAACGUUUUGAAUAAACAAAACGAAACUGCCCGCAUCGACUAUGAUAACAACUGCAAGAUGACCCACAAACAAUGAGAUACCAGGAAGAGUGAUCUAAGAAACCGAUUCAGAUACAAGUUGUCCAUUAGAUUUAAGUAGCCCUCAAGCUUCAGUAUGAAACCAUCAAGUAACAACUAACAAAAAAGCUAAACAAUAAGAACAAAAUUGGUUGGCGCUCACUUUGUUAACAAAUAAAUUAUUUUGCAUUUCUUUAAAAAAAAGGAA